CCAAAUGGUGGCAGAUGCUAAAGAGUCUGGGAAUCCUGACCACUGUGGGCCAAACCCAAUGCAGUGAUCAGCGCCAGGAGCAGCAUGUGUAGGAGCUGGCCUGCCAGUAAACUAGAAGGGCCUCUUGUAGAGUCAUCUCACAUAAAACAAGGGUUGAGUUUGAGUGAUGUCCGUGUUCCUUUUACCUGUACGGCUCUAGGAAUCUAUUACAAGACAAUAGGAACAGUGAAGAAAUACCAGAAGGAUCAGUCUCAAUCUAUUUGGCACUUGAUGUUUUGGGUCACCUAAAUGGUAUACCUCAUCCGUUGUUGUGGAUAGAUUACACACUACCAGAAGGCUAAGCAUCGGUCCUCUAAGCCUGGCAAGAUGGGUGACUGGAGUUUCUUGGGGGAGUUCCUAGAGGAAGUCCACAAACACUCCACGGUGAUCGGCAAGGUCUGGCUCACUGUCCUGUUCAUAUUUCGCAUGCUGGUACUGGGCACCGCUGCGGAGUCUUCCUGGGGUGAUGAGCAAGCUGACUUCCGGUGUGAUACAAUUCAACCUGGCUGCCAGAACGUCUGCUACGACCAAGCCUUCCCUAUCUCCCACAUUCGCUACUGGGUACUGCAGAUUAUCUUCGUCUCCACGCCAUCUCUGGUGUACAUGGGCCAUGCCAUGCACACCGUGCGUAUGCAGGAAAAGCAGAAGCUACGGAAUGCAGAGAAGGCCAAAGAGGUCCGUGGUGCUGGUGCCUACGAGUGCCCUGUGGCUGAGAAGGUGGAGCUGUCCUGCUGGGAGGAAGUGAAUGGGAAGAUUGUCCUCCAGGGCACUCUGCUCAACACCUACGUCUGCACGAUCCUCAUCCGCACCACCAUGGAGGUGGCCUUCAUCGUGGGCCAGUACCUCCUCUAUGGGAUCUUCCUGGACACGUUGCACGUGUGCCGCAGGAGUCCCUGCCCCCACCCGGUAAACUGUUACGUGUCCCGCCCCACGGAGAAGAAUGUCUUCAUUGUCUUUAUGCUGGCGGUGGCCGCGCUGUCCCUCUUCCUCAGCCUGGCUGAGCUCUAUUACUUGGGCUGGAAGAAGAUCAGGCAGCACCUGGCAAAGUCGCGGCAGGGUGUGGCCGAGCGCCAGCUUCCAGGCCCUUCCACAGGCCUAGUCCAGAGCCACACUCCUCCCCCUGACUUCAGUCAGUGCCUGGAGAAUGGCCCAGGAGGGAAGUUCUUCAGCCCCUUCAGCAAUAAUAUGGGCUCCCAGCAGAACCCAGACACUCUGGCUACUGAGCUAGUGCCAGGCCAGGAGCAGGUUCCUGGGGAGGGCUUCGUCCACAUGCAUUAUGACCAGAAGCUUGAGGAGCCCAAUGGGGUCUCCCCAGGCCACCGCUUUCCUCAUGGCUACCAUAGUGACAAGCGCCGCCUCAGCAAGGCCAGCAGCAAAGCAAGGUCAGAUGACCUAUCAGUGUGACCUUCUUGGGGGGUGGGGGGCAGGACCAGAUGGGAACACGGGAGACUCAGACUGGAACAACAUGGCCCUGGUAGGCCUCACACUCUCAUUUUCAGCCCUGCUCUGCUCCUUUUGGAUCCCGGGUCUGGUCGGUAUUGCCCAUUGAUUCUAAAAUUAGAGUUCUGAGAGUGUAGUCAAAGGUAGGGCUAGUCAUCAGGAUCCCGUCCUUCCCCAACGUCUUCAAGAUAUGCCAUGAAGUCUUUCAUAUGAUUUAUUGACUAGGGUAGAGGGAGAGAAGGGAACCAUGGCAAAAUCUGGCCUGGGAAGGACAGACACAGGAUUCAACACCAGCAGCAUAUGAGGUACUUUAUCCAAGUCCUCUGGCUUCCUGGAUCAGCAUGCUCUGCCUGUCUUUUUCAAGGAAGUGUCCAAAGUUCUCAGCCAAUUGACAGUAUCCAUCAAAGAAUUCGUAUGUUCCCUUGAAUCUGUUGUUUCCAUAAGCCAUAUCUUGGGGUGGUGAUGAGGUGUCUGGGAGCUGCCCUAGGCUCCAACUUUCUCCUCCCAGUCUUAAAGAGAGAUUCUUAGACCUUGACCAGCAACAGCUUUACAAGUGCCUUGGUAUGUACUUUUGGCAAACAUCUCAUGUUGGUGAUGUUGCAGCCCUUCUCCUAAGGUGGACACCCAGCUUUUGAGUGUGCCAAGCCCUCUUAGGAGUCACUGUACACACAAACAUCACUGGAAUUCCUGCCCCCGCCUGUCAUCCCGUAGAUCUGUGGUUCCGUUACAGUUCAACCUGAUGAUGGAAUCAUGCUUGCCCUACUUGGUUGGCUGUUCACCCAAUGUCCCUCUAAAGACUUUAUCAGCAGGAAUGCCCAAGAAGCCAUCUUCUCUUGGAUCCAGACCAGAUUACCAGUCAUCAAGGCCAGUGGAAUUUCCCUAGGCCUUAAUAAAAUGAGAGCAUUGUGCUUCUCAGGUUCUCCUGGGAAAGAGUAAUUCUGUUAAGAAGAUGAAAAUAAAAAAUAAUAGUAGGGGAGAAGACACUAGAAGACACAACUUUUCUUCCCUAUUUAUUUCUAUCAUCGUCGGCCAACUUAGAAUGCCAAGAGGGGCUGUGAUGACAGCUGCGGAAGCCCUUAGAUUGCCCUCAGCAGGGGCAUGGAAGCAGGAGAGGAAUCUCCAGCUUUCUUGGCAAGGCCCUUGUUUAAAGUGGGCAGAGAUUUCUAUGUUUCCCUGGUACUCCUAAGAGGACAGCAAAAGGAGCCCUGCCUUCCCCAGGUCUAGCCUGCGGUCUCUGUUGAGUGGUCCAUUUUUGAUGCAAAUGAAACAUGCUCAGAAUCAAAUACUGAGGCUUACAGACACACCACUACAUUAAAAAAAAAAUCCGUGUGUGUGUGUGUGUAUGUGUGUGUGUGUGUGUGUGUGU